GCGUUUUCGCUUUUAAAAGUGCAAGCAACAAAGCAAAAAGCUUUUUAUUCAGUGCUGUGUUAUUUUAUUUACGCUUUAAAAGCAAGCAAAACUGUUGUCAGCAUAAUGAUAAGGAUAUGACACACCCCUAAGCAAAAUGCAUACCAAUCAGGCACGCAAUAAGAUAUUCAAAAGCUGGUCUGGCAUAAGCGAAGUGAGCAUCAUCAAAGAGGUGGCUACCAAGGGUGAGCACAUAGACUUAUGCUUGGAGUACUGGGCCGGCAAGAGAAAGUUGCCACUGAGCGAAUAUCAGCAUUACUUUCACGAUGUGGUGUGUGCGUAUGUGCAAAGAUUGCUAUCGGAGCGACUGGUGUGCAAGGCGGAGAAUGUGCUGCGCAAUGUGGAACGCGAUGUCAUGUGCUGUUUCUAUCAAUAUGCGUGCGAGUGUAAUGAUGCGGAGCUAAGCGAAUUUGUGCUGGAUCAUUUGCGCAGCAAGGAUGCGGCGCUGUAUGAGCAGCAGCAGCCGGCGCUGGAGUACUACUGGUCGCUGCUGCAGCAGCUGCGCGAGUGUGAGGCGCUGCUAAAGCGGCAUAAACAGGAGCUGCCCAGACUGCAGCUGGAGGCGUUGAUGAAGCUGCCGGAGCAGCGACUGCAGCAGCUGCUGGUGGAGCUUUAUUUUGAGCAGGGCAAUGAGAGUUUGUUGCCGCAGCUGCAGAAGCAGCUAGUGUGGCAGCAGCUGGUGGCGUCGCAGCAGCUGCAGCAGCUAAGAAGUUGGUGUCGCUGCCAGCAGCAAGGAGCGGCGGAGCAGCCGCUGGAGCGUGCCUAUGCUGAAUGGAGCAUAGAGCCGGCUAUGUAUGAGCAUGCGCUGGAUAACUUGGUGGAGCCUUGCGAGCCGCUGCGUUACUAUUUUGCGCAGGCGGGUUACUUCUUUGCCGCGGAGGCGCAGCAGCCAAGUCAAGUGCUGCGUAGACUGUGCAGCACACAAAGUUUGGCUAGGCAUGCGGCGCUAAUUGAGCAGCUGCCGCUGGCGGCGCAGCUGUACCGGGAAGGCUACUACACGCUGCUGUUGCUGCCGUGUGUGCCCAGCGAGUCGCUGCAGCGGCUGCAAGGCGAACAGCAGCAGCCGCUGCUUACACUAAUACUACAACUAAAGUGUAGCCAGCUGGCUAAGCGUGAAGAUUUUGAGCAAUCAAGUCGCGCUGUGCAAAGCUAUUUGAUGGCCACACAUGCAGGCGCCGCUUCGUUGCAGGAGCAGCCGCUGCUUACGUUCUACGAUUUGCUUACGCAUGCGCCCAGCGUUUCAUCGCUUGGGGAUUAUCUCAACAGCAGCAAUCUGUGCCGUCUCAACUAUUUGCAUUCGUUAAGCGCGCGGCUGGAGCAGCAACCCAGUGCGUUGCCCACGCCGCAGCAGCUGUUUCAACGCUUCAAGCGCUUGCAGCUUAGCGCUGGCGAGUUGCAAAGCUUUUCGCAGCCACGUCUUAGUCAACGCUAUGCGCGUCAGUUCCAGCUCAACUAUACGCACUACCUGAAGCAGCUGCGCAGCGCUUAUGCUGUUUACUAUUUGCUGCAGGAGCAGCUGCAGCUUUAUGGCCAAAUUACGCGCACGCAGCUUUACCAAGCAGCUGAAACUGCCACGCAGCUGGCGCUGCAACAUGCGCAUGACUCUGCUUUGGUUACACAUUGUGUGGCAUGCUGCGAAAUGUUGGACUUUGAUACGCAAGCGCUGCGCAGCUAUUUGCAGCUAAAUAAUCAGCUGGGCAGCGUUUCGGUCAGUUAUCAGCAGCAGUUGCAGCUGUGGGAUGCGUCGCUGUUGCAACAAUUGCUAGCCAAGCCGCAGCAAUUUCCGCUGGCUGCGUAUCAAGCGCUGCAACGUUUGCUUGCAACGCAAAGCGCUGGCAAUUAUGCCACUGCCUGCUUGCAACAUUUUGCUGCAGCGGACAACUGGUGGGCGCUGCUGCUGCUGUUUCAAUAUUUUGAGUUGCCGCUGAGUGCGCUCAAAGUGUUGCUGCCACAUUUUAGCAGCACACAGUUGGGCAUGCAGCUGCUGCGCGCUCUCAAUCAUCAAACGCAGCCGCAGCGCAACAAGCGCGCCAAGGCAACCAGCAACCAGAACAACAACAACAGCUCCAGUUCACAGGAGCAAAUGACGUUGAGUUCACACAGCUCGCUGCUGGAGCUGCCGCUACAAAAGUCUGCCACAUCUAUAUGCAACAUGUUGAGUGUAGCUGCUACGCCGCAGGAUUUAUUCGCUAACAUUAUAUGCAGCAGCAAUCAGCUGCAGGAGCAGCGCAUUGAUAACUUCCAACACUAUCUAGAGCUGCUGCAAGGCUCAACGCUGCACUGCAGCAGCGUGCAGCUGUUGCAACAUUGUGUGCGCCAACAGCAACCGGUGCUGGCUGUGCUUGCUGCUUGUUUAAAUCCAGCGCAGUCGCAUUGGUGCUGGUUAAGCUGGUUGGCUUUAACUACUGGUCAGUGGGCUCAGCUGCUGCAGGCGCGUGAGCAGCCGCUGCUGGAGCUUGUGUGGCUGCUCAUACGCGGCGCCGUCAGCACCAAUCAGUUGUCCGCUCUGCUGCACAGUUUUUGCAUAUUCCAAGCACACUCAAAGUUUUUGCAUCUCUGCCGCUUUCUGCAGUUGACAGCGCAGCAGCAGCAAUUUGAUGAUGCUGCCAUUUUGGAGCUGCGUCAGUUUCUAUGCAGCUGGAGUCAGGAUGCAGUGCAGCUGCCGUUAUGCGCGCCAAUGCCACGUCAGGCGCUAAUGCAGCGCUGCUUGCGUUUGCUGCUGCUGCAGCUGCAAAGCAACUUUCCAGAUAUAAAACAACAGCAGCGCUAUUUGGAAGCCAUUUGCCGCUCCGAUGUGGGCGAUGUAACUGAACUGCUGGACUUUUGCCUGCUGCAGCGCAUUUUUAGCGUAGCCGCUCCCUGGUUACGCCAGCUGUGCCUGGACUAUGAGCAGCUGCUGCAGCCUACGGGCAACGAAUAUCGUCGCUUAAUCAACGCGCUGUUGGCAGCUCAAGCUUUUGAUGCUGCACUGCAGCUUUCAACGCUGCUGCAGCUGCCGCUGGCGGACAUUGUCUACGCCAAAUGGCUGGCGCAGCUGCAGUCCGACGAACUGCGUCCACAAGCGGCGUAUGAAGCGGAGAUUGCGCAACAUGCGCUGCCGCCAGUGCUGCUGGUUAAUUUUCUGCUGCAAGCUGCUGCCAGCGCGUCGCUGCUGCGUCGCUUUGAGCUGCUGCAGCGCGCGCUGGAUGUGAUCAAGCAGCAUCAUCUAUUUCCAAAUGAAUGCUUUGAUCGCGAUCAAAUAGAGUACGACAUGGUUUGCUGCUAUUUGCAGCUGGAGCAGCAGCCAGCGCUGCCAAUUUAUCAUUCCGAGUACUUUGAGCAGAUUAUGCAGCAGGAACGCUGCGUGCUCUACAAAAGCUUUGCAGAGCUCAAGGAGCUGGCAGGCAUAGACGAUCUAAGCAUAGCCAGCAAAUGCAAACUUGAUGCCAGCAUGGAGCAGCGUCUAGUAGCGUUAAUACAUCAGCUGCUGGAUGAGGGCGACAUAGUGGAAGCUUUGCGUCUGCAAGAGCUGUUCGAGCAGCGUCCUACGGAUUUGCGUUUUUUGGUGUACGCCAUGGCGCUAGCUGAGGGUGUUACCAGCACCGAAAAGUUGUCCAGCAAGGAGCGUCAGCUGCUUACUGAUAUUGAGCCCAGCAGCUUUCCCAAGUUUAAUAGACUCAGUCUCAAUCAAAGUCCGUUGACGCGCUGUGGCAGCGAUUUGAGCGGCAGCUGCUCCACCCUAGAGUUCGAGCUCAUUCCCAGCAAGCAAAAGCAGCAAACGCUGGACACGCUGCUGGGCAUUGGCUGCAAGCUUAAGCAUGGCGUUGAGCUGGGUCGCCGCAUUGUUUUGGCCUAUCGCGCUGCCAUGUAUUUGGAUAAGGAGUAUUUGGAUGUGCUGCGCACCAAGGACGUCAGCGUGCUGCUGCAGAGCGCUGCAGCAGAGGAAUGUCUACAACGUCUGUUAGUAGUAAGCGAUAUACACAUUUCCACACGCAUGACACACAAGGAGAUUGCCUCAUCUUUGGCGCUGGAGCUCACCACCUGCAUUGUGCGUCCGCGCUUCUACAUAUUCCAUGCCAAUCAGCAGCCACGCAGCGCACCCAGCAAUGCUACACUUUGGGGUCAUAAUAUAGACAAAGAUUUUCAUUUGUUCUUGGAGCUUACGCCGCAGGCCACGCUGCUGGGCAAUUGUUUGCUGGACUACUGCGAUGCCUUGAAGUCGUAUCGCCGCUAUCAGGAUGGCAAACAUUAUGUGCCCAGCGUUGCUUUCGAGCAGCUCUGCAGCAUUAUUAGCCUAUAUGGUUUACCUCAAGGCAGCAGCACGCCCAGCUCGCCUGCCACGCCUCCUCAAGUGCUUUCACACAAAAAGCAAAACCAAAUCUAUGUGGAGCUGCUCAUCAAGGCGCAUCUUUGCUUUGUGCACGAGUGUUCCAUGGAGGGCAUUGCCAGCGUGCUAGAGCGCGCCAAGCAGCUCAACUCACAGCUUACCCAAGCCAAAUCCUGGUCGUUGAUAGUGCGUCUGCUUAUGGGCAUUGCGCGUUAUCGUGAAAUGUUUUAUUGCUUCGACGCUUUGAUAGAACAUGAGCAAUUUGAAUCGCUGCUUGGACAGUUUGAUGAGGAGCAAAAGUCUGGACUACGCCAGGCUAUACUCAGCUAUUUGCGUGAGUAUUCGCCGCCACAGAGCAAGGAACUGCUGCGCCUCGCAGCGCAUCAUUUUCUCAUGUACAAAGAGCUGGCAGAGCUGUGGAGCACAGAGGCGCAAUCGCUGCUGGAGCAAGUGCGUCUAACUCAUAUCAACUUGGCUGCCACAAAUCAACUUAAUUGCAGCACUGAGCUGCAGUCGCUGCUGCAACAGUCGCUGGAAAACUUUACACAUGCCACGGAAAAUUUUCUGCUGGACAACAAACUGCUGCUGGCCCAGCAAAGCGUGUCGCGUGCCGAGCUCGUAGCCAUGCAGUUGGAUCUUUGCAGCAAGCACAACACGCCCACUUGCCUUAACGUCAUAGGCGUGCAAAAUCGUGAACAAUUUCGCGAGCUGGUCAACACACACCUAAGCGUGCCACAAAGUUUAAUUUUGAGUCGUGCCCUGGGCUACGACAUCAAUUGGAGCGAUGCGCUGCUAAGUCAAUUUGUGCUGCAGCAAAAACGCAGUUAUUUGCAACAGUACCGUUAUCAUCAGCGCAUCAACGAUAAUGUCAUAGAACAAAUUGUCAAAGGUUACUUGUUGCAUUUGCAGCAACAUGCACCCUCCGUCAGACAGGAAGAAUCUCUCGCUGAGCUGCUGCAGCUCACCAAAUCCGUUACUUUAAAAUACAAGCUGGCGUCCAUUUUGGGUCUCAAAUCCAUCGUUGUGGCGCUGCUCAAUGGACACACUGUUCACUAUUUGCGCGACACGAAUUUCGGACGCAACGAGUUAACCAACAUGUGACAUUUGUUUUCUAUUCAUCAUUGUACACUGUCUAAUUAUGCCAAAAAUACGUUAUUAAAAUAC